AAUGUAAUUGUAUGUACUUGACAACAGCUAACAUCCUGUUAAAUUCUGAUAACGCACUACAUCAUAACAGAGAGGAAGAGAAGCGUCUAGUCUAGUUUGCGAGUUGAUAUACAACUGUCCAUUAUAUUAAACUCUCUUUCUCGCUGGUCUCCUCACGAAAAUAAAUUUUUCUGUAUUUAGCAAUUAUGAAAUUUUUAUACGUCGUAUCUGUGUUUGCUAUUCUACAAAACAGACUGAUUACUGAAAUAGUCAGUCUUACCCCCCAUCUACAAGAUUAUUUGGAUGAUUUAUAUGAUUUCAUCCCUAAUAUAGAAGGAAAAUGUAGUGAAUUAGUUAGUGUUCAAGAAUCCCGAAAAGUUCCUUACAUAGAAACAUAUAGAGAGAAGACAUGGGGUCUUUUUUAUAAGACUCGGACUCGAUGGAAUUUCAGACUUGAGUUUAACCCAUCAUGGCGCAAACAAUACACGUGUUGUACCGGAUAUGAGCUGACGGAAGAUUUAACAUGUGAACCAAAAUGUCACCAGAAAUGUGGAAACGGCACUUGCGUCAAACCAAAUGUAUGUACGUGUAACCCAGGAUAUGAAGAAACACAUUCCGAUCCUGUCUGUGUUCCUCAAUGCACUCACAUCUGUGUGCAUGGCAAAUGCACUGCGCCUGAAGUUUGUACGUGCGAUUACGGAUACUCAUUGAACAAGGACGGCCAUACUUGUGAACCUGUUUGCAAUUCAGGUUGUGACUCAGGAUCAUACUGCUCCAAACCCAAUCACUGUGCUUGCCUAAAUGGAUACACCGAUUUAUUUAUUCCUACGGAUGAGGGAAUACUUCACAAAUGCCGAGCUAUUUGCAAAAAUCUAUGCAUUCACGGUAAAUGCAUCGCUCCUGAUACCUGUGCUUGCGAUACUGGUUAUGAACUUGAUCCAGAAAAUAUAUUCAUCUGUAAACCCAAGUGCGAACACGGUUGUCUCUACGGCACAUGUGUGAGACCCAACCAAUGCAUUUGCGACCGAGGUUAUUCCUUGGAAAAUCCGUCGAAACCCAAGUGCGAACCAAUUUGCAGUGUACCUUGCGUCAUGGGUACUUGCGUGGCCCCCGAAAGCUGUAGCUGUUUUGAGGGCUACGGCUUAUUUGAAAAUUCAACGUACAAUUGCCAACCGGUCUGUGAAAAAGCUUGCUUCAAUGGAAACUGCACUGCACCUGGCGUAUGCACUUGCAACAAGGGAUUUCGACUGAGCGGUGAUGAAUCAAUGAAACACGUUUGCGAGCCUUAUUGCGAAAUUUCUUGCGAACCAUUUGGCACUUGCACCGCACCGAAUGUUUGCACUUGUUUUGAAGGAUAUCGCCUAGCUAACAAGACCCAAGUCAAGAAAAUCGAUAUGCAAAAUUUUGCUGAUAACUCAGUGUGCGAGCCGAUCUGCGACACAGAAUGCAUCAAUGGAUUUUGUAGCGCUCCUAACAGGUGCAGCUGCAAUAUCGGUUAUCAACCGUCAGACAAGUUCGCCAAUAUCUGCGAGCCUAUCUGUGGCUAUUGCAUAAACGGUGUCUGUAGCGCUCCUGAAAUUUGCACAUGUAACAAAGGCUAUCGCCCUUCGAAUGUAUGCAAAGAUAUGCGUUUUCUCAAGACCAUAGAACCUUGCAGCACGCCAAACCGAUCUACGACGCACUGCGAACCGAUUUGCAAUCCUAGCUGCGAGAAUAGUAUCUGCGUCAAACCCGGCGUAUGCGAUUGCUACUCAGGCUAUAGUAAAUCGACGCAUUCUAUAAACGUGUGCGAUCCUAUCUGUCACCAAGGCUGUAAUGAAAAUGAAAUCUGCAGGGCGCCCCACCUGUGCGAUUGCAAAGAUAAUUAUCGCACGGUCUACGAUAAAAAAGAUGUUUCGUUGCGGAAAUGCGAGCCGAUUUGCACCGUCGACUGCGGAAACGGCACGUGCACGGCACCGAAUGUCUGCUCGUGCUUCGAUGGUUAUCGAAAUGUAGAAACGGGUAGGUGCGAGCCUUUUUGUUCAACCUGCAACAACGGUACAUGCGUCGCACCUGAAGUCUGCGAAUGCGACGAUGGUUUCGUCCUCGAAGAGUCAAAGAAAAUCAAACCCGGAAUAUGGAGUUUAGGUUACAUUCUUGAGAAUGGACCAGGAAACGGAAGCAGAUGCGUGCCGCGCUGCGAGAAUUGCGAUAACGGUGAUUGUGUGGCACCGGACGAGUGUCGAUGUCGUGCUGGUUUCGUCAAAAUCAACGGUACCUGCGAGCAUGCGUGCAAGGAUGAUUGCGGCACUCACGGCGAGUGCAUCGAGGAAGAUGGGAUUUGCGAAUGCAACUACGGAUGGACUGGCCGGAAUUGCGAUCGACCAACCUUGUGCAUCUCGAUCUUAAACGGCGACGAUAAUCGUACUGAGUCAUUCAAUGUUAUAGAAGAACAAAAUAAUACUAUCGAGCAUGUACUUAUAAAUAAUCCAGUAUGCCCCGAGUGUAUUAAUAAGAUAAACAAUGAGACUUUGUGUUUUAAAAUGCAUAUUAAUGACACAGAGAAGGAAACACAAAUUGGUUGUUUAAUGAAUAAAGGAUAUCGCGCUUUGAACGACACAAACGAUAAGGAAACGUGCGUGCCGGUGUGCACGAAUGGUUGCAUCAACGGCACGUGCGUCGAACCUGAAGUAUGUAGCUGCAACGAGGGCUAUUUGAUGGAUUCGGACGGUUUCACUUGUCGUCCGGCCUGCGACGAGGAAUGCGAACGUAACUACGGAUAUUGCUACGAACCGCAUGUCUGCUCGUGCCUUCCCGGUUACAAGAAAAUCGACAACAACUCCUCCUCGUGCGAGCCCGUUUGUGAUCGCGCUUGUAUAAACGGCUACUGUGCUGCGCCUAACGUUUGCAAAUGUAUCGAUAGUUACGAGAUAAAACAGUCAGAUCGCUUUACUUGCACUCCUAAAUGCGAGACCUGCAGGUCCGGCGCGUGCUUGGCAUCAAAUGUGUGUAUCUGCAAAAUGGGUUACGCGCCGAAGCUGAUCAGUUGCGAACCACGCAAAAUGGGCACCUGCAACGCACCAGAGGGUUGCAGUUGUAACGAUGAUUACGAGCUUCGUAAUGGAAGUUCAAAAUAUGUAUGCGAACCAAUCUGCGAGAACUGUAAUAACGGCACGUGCAACGCGCCAGGAGUAUGUGUCUGCGACGAGGGUUUUGUUUAUGAUAAUCAAACUCGAGUUUGCAAACCGCAUUGCACUAUACCUUGUGGACCGAAUGAGAAAUGUACAUCGCCCAAUACAUGCACUUGCUCCCAGGGGUAUCGCUUCAAUACAAAACUAUCGCAAGAAUUAUUAUCUACGACAGGUAGUCAGAUAAAUGGAGAGAACAAGAAACCUCAAUCCCAAUGUGUACCAGUUUGCGAUUUCGAAUGCAUCAAUGGUACAUGCACCGCUCCAAACGUGUGCACCUGUAACGAAGAUUACGAACCAUCGUGGCUGAAGCUACAUAAAAUGUCUUCGCAGUUAGAAUAUAGCCCGACGCGUAUCUGUGUGCCGCGCGGUAAAUCUCGUUGCCAACCUCCGUGCAGGAAUAAUCAGAUAUGCAUCGCAGCUCUCAUUGGUCGAAUAACAAUUUUUAUUUGCGAUUGUAACGACGGUUACACGAGGGAUCCUAACGGUCACUGCGUACCCCAUUGCAUACAAAAAUGUUCCAACGGCACGUGCACAGAGCCAAAUCGUUGCACGUGUAACGCGGGUUUCGCCCUGAAGAACGAGAACUUAUGUGAGCCGAUUUGCGAAAGAGGCUGUCAGAAUGGCGACUGUGUCGGCCCGAAUCAUUGCAUUUGUCGCGACAGUUUUGUACCAAAUACUGGGUCUUUUGGGGCUGAAUGCAUUUCCGUUUGCGAUUCCCUUAAUUGUAGCGAUCACAGCGCGUGUAUACUUGAAGACGACGAGUACAGAUGCAAGUGUCACUAUGGUUGGACGGGAAUGGAUUGCGAUGAACCGACUAUAUGCGUUAUCAAAAUGGAUUUCAAUCACAGCGACGUGAAUAAAAUCACGAUCCGCAAUGAUACAAAUAAUAGCGUAAUCAUAGCCUAUGAAAAUGCGCCGUAUUGUUAUCAUUGUGACAGUUCCCUUAAUAAGGAAUCACUCUGCUAUUUGAUACAUUCUGAUAAAAACGAUACGACUCCAAUCAUCGGCUGCUUAUUUAGUACAGAUUUGCCUUGUUAUUUGGCGUCUCAUUACAACGCCUCAAUUAACGCUGCUAAAAUAAUUUGGAUCUUCGUGACCAUUGUGAUAUCAAUUACGACAAUUCUAAUAGCAUAUUUAGUAUAUCGCAGACGCGAAAAGAAGAAAAUAGACACAGCAGGUAUGCCAACAAACCUCUUUCUGCGAGAAUCUUUCGUCACCGAAUCUUUGUUACCUGACAGCGUGUUCGAAUUUUGAAAGAAACAAUAUGAAGACCAUUGUGAAGAAAUGUAAUAGCCAUGAAUAAAGUAGUCAGUAAUAAAUAUAAUACUUAUA